AGACUGGGUCUUAACGCCGAAUCCAACAUGGCGGCGAGCGCAAAAUGUUUAUGUUUUUCGUGUACAAUGCGAAAUUUACGAAUUUUCAAACGUCAGGAUGCGCAGACUGCAAUAUAGUAUUCGUAUAUUAGUACAAAGAUACUUAUUUAAGGUGAUGGAUGGGAGAAAAAGAAAACGCAAGGCAUCUGCAAGCGAUGUUAUGGCCAUGCACGUGGGGAAGUCAAGCCCGAAAAAGAAGAAAAAGCUUGAAAAACUACAACAAGCUGAUAAGGGUUUGGCAGAAGAGACAGGGAUACAGCCCAGUGGGGUUAAUGUUGUUAGCUUAGAUGCGAAAUGUCUAUUAUUUCUGAAGGGUGAUCUACAGAAUUGCUGUCUUCUUUUCUUCAAAGUUAACCAGGAAGUGGCCCUUCAGGGUAAAGCUGAUAUCAAAGCUUUGCUAGGAACUGUGAGCAUUCUAGGCUCUCUUAUUUCACCAUGCAAUUCAUUUUAUCAAGUGUUCUCCCCAAGUUCGUCAAGCUUUUUAACAAUAAGAGACACAGCUAGUAUUGUUGAGAACAGACAAGCCCACCUCAUAUCAAUCAAGGAGUUGUUACAUACACAAUCUAAAGACAUCAGGAAGGCUGGAUUGUCGAGAGCACAAAAGGCCUCAAGUGUCCUAAUGCUAAAGUCAUUGAGGACAGUGGACACAGAUUUCCUAUGUCAAUACAAGCCCUAUGAAGAUUUAUUUAGUACUGCAAGUAUAAAGGACACACAAGUAGAUAAUUCUUCUGCUCAUGAUGUCACCUCAGCAGCUUUAGGAUUUAGACUGCGUAAUGUGAAUUCUGAAGACUUGACAGUGUUCCAUGAACCAAAAAAAUGGUCAGAUCUCCUCCAUGCCAUACAUCAAAUAAAAGAAGGACCAACAGGCAGAUGUCCUUCUUUACUGAUAUGUGGAGGCAAAGGGGUGGGCAAGUCAACGCUUGCAAGGUUUAUGGUGAAUGGACUGUUAAACAGUUUUCCAGAAGUAUGCUAUUUGGAAUGUGACGUUGGCCAGACAGAGUUCACUCCACCUGCCAUCCUGUCAAUCACUCGCGUCACCUCCCCAUUACUAGGGUCUCCAUUUACGCACCAACAAUGGCCAGAAAGAGCGUAUUUCUUUGGUGAUAUUUCACCUAGAGAUAACCCCCAAGGUUACAUCAAGUCAAUUGAAGACCUGCACUCAUUCUACAAGAAGAGGUUAGAUGGCAUACCGUUAGUGGUGAACACACAAGGGUGGGUGAAGGGAAUGGGAAUACCGCUCCUUAUGGAUGUCUUCCGCAUCACUCAGCCAUCACAUCUCAUCCAGAUCAACUCUACCACACAAGCAUCCAGGAACCUGCCAAUAUUGACAAGGGAUUUUCUUAUGAGCACCCCAGGAUGGGUUUACCCGGUGCUCGGUCAGAGUGGUAUGGAUGGAAGUAGCGGAGUGAAGUGUGAAGCAUUUGAUAGUCUACUUGAUAACCUCAGGAAUGGAGAUACCUCAGGGAGCCCAACAGAACUACUAACUGACAUGCAGCACACCCACAAUGAGCCAGUCAUUGUUCAGCUGAAAUCUGCUUGUACACAGGGAGACCAAGCAUCAAGGCUCCACUCUUCAGACCAUCGUGCAAUGAAACUGAUUUCAUACUUUAGCAAAGUACAGGAUGUCCUUCCUGUAGCAAGACGAAACAAUGGUGGCCCUUCCUCACUGACGUGUGGCCCUUCCUCACUGACAAGCUAUGUCCCAUACAAAGUACCAUGGAACCACAUGACUGUGGCUGUCGUACACACUGAGGUCCCUAGAAGUCAUGUGUUGAUGUCACUAAAUGCGAGUAUUGUUGGGCUGGCUGUGUCUUCCUCUACCAAGGCAAGUGGCGACCUUGAGCAAAGUGAAGUCAAAGUUCUACACAAAGCUCCACACUCGCUUGAGUGUCUGGGGUUAGGCAUCGUGCGGAACGUUGACCCUGUGAACAAACUGUUCUACAUCCUGACCCCUGUCCCACUUGAUGUACUAAAGAGGGUCAACAUCUUGCUCAAGGGAAACCUGGAAGUACCAGCCACACUUUGGCUGCAGGAAGCCCGGGCAUGUUCGCCAUACAUAUCGUCAGAGUUUACGUACGAUCUGAAAGGAGCUGGGGCGAGAAAAGUUCGUUACAAUCUGCUCAGAAAGAGACACAGCUCUCCUGGCAGGCCGGUCAUGUGACAUGUGACGUGAUCCCCAUUCCCGCCAAUACAAUCAUGUGAUCCCCAUUCCUUGCAAUACAAUCACGUGAUCCCCAUUGCCGGCAAUACAAUCAUGUGAUCCCCAUUCCUUGCAAUACAAUCACGUGAUCCCCAUUGCCGGCAAUACAAUCAGGUGACCCCCAUUCCUUGCAAUACAAUCACGUGAUCCCCAUUUCCGGCAAUACAAUCACGCGAUCCCCAUUUCCGGCAAUACAAUCACGUGAUCCCCAUUCCCGGCUAUACAAUCAGGUGACCCCCAUUUCCGGCAAUUAAAUCACGUGGUCCCCAUUCAGGCCCGUACCCACGGGGGAUGCAGGGGGUGCGAACGUACCCCCCCCCCCCCCCCCCCCCCACAACGGCCGAAAGUUCACUUUCGGUUUUCAAUAAGGUAAUAGACGUGCUAUUUGUCGACAAAAUUAUAAAGCAUAAGUGAGAUCACUCUGGUAUGUCAUCAACAUAAGUCAGACUUUUUUUGUAGCCAAAUGCAAAGGCAUAAAAAAUCACAUUUUGUUCUUUCAGGGGUGGUCAGAGGGUGGUCACUCCCCCCUUCCACCCAGAAAAAUUAGGCCCACUUUUUCGGAUUUUGCUUCCCCCCCCCCCCCCCCCCCCUAAAAAAUCCUGUGUACGGGCCUGCCAUUCCCGACAAUACAAUCACGUGUUCUCAAUUCCCGGCAAUACAAUCACGUGAUCCCCAUUCCCGGCUAUACAAUCACUUGAUCCCCAUUCCCGGCUAUACAAUCACGUGACUCCUGCAUUUCAGGCAUGUCCUGCAAAGUCGAUCACGUGGGUUACAGUUAUCCGCGUAUUGUGUAUUGCUGGCAAGUCUCGUGACUGGCGAGUAGGUCAUGUGCCUAGCAUAUCGUCUGCCAUACAACCCUGGAGUACAGCAGAUAUGCACAAUAUGGUUUAUCGGCAAUAAAACAAGUUAACAAAAGGAUUCUUUGUAAUUAAAAGAAUAUAUUUACGCAA